AUGGAACAGAAACUCCGAAGAGUCGACAGAAUUUCAUCAAAACGAUUGCAAGCUGAAUGGAGUCAUUUAUUCGUUGACCAAGAAGAAAAACGAAUGAAAAUAGACGUGGGUAGAGUAGACAAAAUUCCUGCACCUUCAGAGCAAAAUUCUAACAAUUAUGAUAGCAAUGUGGAUGAAAAGAAUUCGGUCGACAUAGAAAUGUGGGAAGCAUCUAACGGAGACGAUAGUGUUGAGUCAGAGAAUAAUGAUUGUGAAUUCACAGAUGAAAACAGUGAAGCGCCGGUUAUUAAUGAAUGGGAUCGAGAAGAUGCUCUUAAUUUCAUUGGAUCAGUUUUCUUAUACAAUAAAGUCAGUAAAACAAUAGGAAAAGACAUUUUUCAAAUCUCCAAUAUUUUAAAGAAUCAACCCGAAAUUCAGAUUCAAGAUGUAUGGAAAGUUGUUGAUCAUUGGAGUGAUCAAGGAACUCGAAUUUAUGCUUUUUGUGGUACCUUUAGCACAGUUCUUCUGGACAGUAAGAAAUGUGGAAAUGUAGGAUGUUCUCGAUAUUCGUUAUCUCAAGCAAAUGUAGCAAGUUCCAAAAUGAUCGUAACAUUUUCCAUCAGAAAACAAGUGGAAGAUCUUCUUAGCAAUGGAUCAUUCGAUGAUACACUUCUGAAUCGUGGAUUAAAGAGCUCAUCAUUGUCCUCUAGACUCUGCGAUACACCACAAUAUAAAGAGCGAAUAUCGGAAUGUGAAACCAAAUACCCUGAUUACAUUACAUUACUUUUAACAAUGAAUACCGAUGGAUUCAGAAAACGUGGAAACUCUAGAGGAGAAGUAUGGCCAGUUUUUUUGGCUCCCAGCGAUGUUUCUAUGAAAAAGAAUUCCUUUGAAGAGUAUCGUCCGGAAAUCGUGAUGAUGUCAGCAAUCAUGCUAACGACUAACAAGCCUAAUGAUUCGGAUUUUUCGAGUAUUUUUGAACGUCUCAAAAACGAAAUCGACGAUACAACUAAAAACCCUAUUCAUGUUUUAAUCAGAAAUGUGAAUUACAAAGUACGACUUGAAAUCUAUCAAUGUGUAUUAGAUAUGGACGCUAGCAAAAAGAUUUACGGGUAUCCUUGUUGGCAGUCAUAUGAGGGCUGCUCAAGAUGCUCUGUUCGCGGUUCUCGAGAACGAACGAAAAAGGGAAGUAUGAUUUGUUGGUUCACACAAAGGGAGACAGUGAUCGUAUUUAUCCUGAAAAUUAUCCUGGAUCACAUGGUUCCAAAUAUAAGAUUCGAAGGCAGCCCAUUGAUAUCAAGCGCUGCUCCAUUUGAACGUCUCAACCAAUCACUUGGGCGAAACACAGAUGUUUAUACAACGCGAUCUCUUAUCGACAUGACAACAAAGUUCAUGGCGUCGCAUCGGGCUAACUAUUAUUGUGAGAAAGCUGUCGCAAAAACAGGAUCGCCUGUCCUUUAUCCCUAUACAAUGAGAGCGAUAUCUGAAAUGUUUCGUCAAGGAAAUGCAGCGUGUAAAAAGUUGGAUGAAAACGAAUUACAUGAAAAAGAAAAGGAUGCUUUGAGGAAUCAUGUUUCGCAGAUUUCUCAUUUUGUGUAA